GAAUCGGUAAAUAGCCGGAGGAGAGAGGAGAAGAGAGAGAGAGAGAGAGAGGAGUCGCCGGAAGUCAAGAGCAGCAGAGCAGAAAGGUAGGCAGCUGCCGAGAUUACAUUCAUUCCGGAGAGCUAUGGCGGCGUUCGCAGCUUCUUCUCCGGCGGCGACGGCGGUGCUAGGCGGAGCUCGCCUCUCCUCCUCCAGCUCGGCCGCUCUCCGGACCCCUGUCCUCCACCUCCCGCCGCCGCCUCGCCGUCACUUCUCUACCCAUCCCCUCCCUCUUUCUUGCGAUGCUGCCAGAUUCUCCUCACUCCGGGUGAAAGCAUCUUCUUCCUCGGAGGAGUCAUCUGGCUCUGUUCAAACUGAUGAGCUCCUGGCGGACUUGAAGGAGAAAUGGGAUUCCAUCGAGAACAAGUCUACAGUCUUCUUGUACGGGGGAGGUGCACUCCUUGCAGUGUGGCUAUCUGCCGUCGUCAUCGGCGCUGUCAACUCGGUUCCUCUGCUUCCAAAGAUCAUGGAGUUGGUGGGACUUGGAUACACUGGCUGGUUUGUGUAUCGCUACCUACUCUACAAGGACAGCAGAAAAGAGUUAGCAACUGACAUUGAAGCUUUGAAGAAGAAGAUUGCUGGAACAGGCGAAUAACUACUGCAUGGAGUUGGCUGGCAAAUGUGAGGUUGCUCUUGAUGAACUGUAUAAGACACUAUUAUAUGCCAUAUUUAUCAGUGUUUAAUGUUAUUUCUUGGAUCGAGAGUGUUCAUCAUUGUAAUGCCAAUAACUACUUGGGAUUAGAAAUUUUUCUUCUGAAAAAAAUGUUAUUUUUUUC